AUGUUACCUGAAAGUCGUGGACAUAAAGAGAUCAGAGGGAAUGCAUCUAGUGUUAUUGAUUUCGUGCAAGAUAAACCUGAAAUAAAAUGUUUGGAUCGUGAACUUAGAAAAUCCUUGGUCGACAGUAGAUUCCACUUUCUCUUCGAAAAAAUUUCCCUGCACUUUAAGAUUGAUAAGAGCUAUGUUUUAGAAUGUAUAUUAGAUGGUGAACAAGUAUAUUUAAUAAAAUCUUUCUUCAAUCCCGAAGGUAUGAAAGCUUUAUUUAUUAGCCUUAAGUCUGAAAAAUUGGAUGUCAAUGAAAGGAUUGGUGUUUUCUCACGUUCAUUGGUCCCAGCUAGACCACGUGUUGUUGUAUCUACAGUGGCUGAUGCAUAUACACUCGGUUCGUGUGCUGUCUUCACAAAAGUCAAUGCAGAACUUCAAAUAACAGCUGAGAACAUUUCAAAAGAAGUGAAUUUUCUGACAACAGACUUAGCCAAAGACUUUUUGAAUGCGUUUGGAAACCUGCUCAAUUCUUUAAUGUUACCACAACUUCAAGCAAUUCCGAACAAAGUAUUUGUGGAGAAGACAGUUCCAAUAGACGUACAAAAGUUGGAUUUAGUUGAAUACACAAAAAAAUUUGUGAAAAUUCUUAAAGAAACAUCGGAAUUCUUGGAAAACAGAUUUCACUUUAAAUCUUUUCAAAACAAAUCAAUCGAAAAAAUCCAGUCAACACUUGACACUAAAAGAAUAUCAUCUGUAGUCAAUCCUGACAUGUUGAAGGAAUUAGAAAUAUAUGCUGAGACUUGGAUUAAUCAACUAGAACAAGUAAUGGUCAUUGCUGAUCAAAUCAGAAAAGAAGCUGAUAACACAGGUCCCCGAGUAGAGUUAGAAUAUUGGCGAAAGCGAAUGAUCACAUUCAAUACAAUCUUCGAAGAAAUGAAUAAACAUAAUUGUAAAAUUGUAUUUGGUAUACUUUCAACCUUCAAUUGUCCAUUAGUCAAAAGAUGGCUUAAACUAGAAUCCCAAGUAAUGGAUUACACAAAUGAAGCUAAAAAUAACUUGAAAUUUUUAAGUACACUGGAAGAAUAUUGUGAACCAUUGUAUAGAUGUGAUCCAGUUGGAAUGUUGAAUAGUAUACCAAAACUUGUAACAAUGAUUCGUCUAGUUUAUGAAAUAUCCACAUUUUAUAAUACACAAGAAAAAAUUACUUCACUAUUUGUCAAAGUUACUAAUCAAAUGAUAUUUGCAUGUAAAGCAUAUAUUACUAAUAAUUAUCAAAGUACAAUAUGGACAGAGAAAACAGAAAUUAUUUUAAAAAAAAUUAUAGAUUGUUGUAAUUUACAUCAAAUUUAUAAAAAUUCAUUUCAACGAAUCAAAACAGAAUUAGCUGCUAAACCGAAUUCAAAACAAUUUGAUUUAUCUGAAAUACAUAUAUUUGGUAAAUAUGAUUUAUUCUGUCAAAGAUUGAAUGAAAUUAAUGACAUAUUCCAAAUGAUCUCAUCGUAUUCUUGUUUGCUAGUGUCAAAAAUUGAAAAAUUAGAUCCAUUGAUUGAACAGUACAAUUUUGCUAUAAAUAAACUACGAAAUAGUGAAUUUGACUUUUUGGAUCAACGAAAAACUGAAGUUGAUGACUGUAUCAUGGUGUUUAAAAAGAAAAUGAGUGAUAUACGGACUAGUUUAAGAUCCUUACUCGAUACAGAAAUGAACAGGCAUCAUGAUCUACACAGAAGUUUACAUAUUAUUGGACAGUUUGAAAAAUUAAACUUGCCGAACUUGGGUGUAGAUGAAGCACAUCUAAAAUCUUUGCAUCGUUUUUCUCAGCUUAUAGAGCAUGUUGGUAAAGAAUACAGUAAAUUUAAAGCUUCACCACCAAUUGGUCGUGAUAUACCUCCAAUAGCAGGUAAAAUUUCCUGGGCAAAAGAGUUAUAUCGAAGAAUUGAAAGUCCAAUGCUUAUGCUUACCGAUAAAAUCAAAUUGAUGCGAUCAAAGGAAGGCAAAGAAAUUACUAAAAAGUAUAAUAAGUUAGCCGAAGUUUUGAUCACCUACGAAAUGGUUCAUUAUCGUAAUUGGAUUAACCAGAUAUCGUUUGCAAAAGUUGGUUUACGUGAUCCUUUACUUUAUCAAGAUGAAGGAACUAAUCGUAUUAUUGUUGCACUUGAUCCAGAAAUUUUAGUUGUCUAUCGAGAAAUAGAAUUAUUAUCGAAAUGGGGAUUAGAUAUACCUGAAAUCGCCGUGGAAUUAAGUCAACAAGAAACUCAAUUAAAAUUACAUUACAACAAAUUGAAAUCAAUGUUGACCAGUAUAAAUGAAAUAGAAGUUAAUCUAGAUCCAAUGUUUAUCAAAUUAAUGCGAGCACAGUUCGCACAUUUGCAAAAUUUAUUAAAACCUGGUUUAUCUUUAUUGAACUGGACAAGUCUUGGAAUCAACCAUUUUAUUGAUGAUGUAACCAGUUAUAUAAAUCAGUUGAAGUUACUCAGUGAACGUGCAAAUGAUCUGAAGAAAUACCGAAUAGAACAAAUUUUAAACGAAAUAUCUAAUAUAACUUUAUGUGAACUAAGUGAUUCGGAACCGUGGACCAUAGAUUAUUUCUUAGAACAUACCAAUUAUCUGUGUAGUAAAGCUGGGGAUAUCUUACAAAUCAAAAGUCAAGUUAUUCAAGAUUCAGUGCAUGAAUUAAUUGACAUGCUUUGCGGUGAGUAUCGAUUACAGUUGAUGCAAGAAGAGGAAAAGGACGAAAGAAACGCGACUUGUAUCAAAGGAUCUGGAAAAUCAACACUAUCUUCACAAAAGUCAAUAUACUCCGAGAGUGCAGUUUCUAGGACAACAGGUGCAAAAAGUGCAAGAGAAUGUCGUAAACGAUUAAUUGAAGAUGCUGCACUCAGGGUAUUAGAACAUUUUCAUCAGAGAACUGUGGAUACUUUAACUAAAUUAAUUCGUAAUACUUUGGAUAAUCUUCGUAAAUGUUUAACUUUGCCUUCAAUUUUAGCCUAUGAUAGUGUGAAUUCAGAUGGAUCUGUUCAACUUUAUUUCUCAUGCCAUGCACAGUUAUCCAUACCAUCAAUUGUACUACAUCCGUCUCUUGAUGAUUUUCAGAAAGCGUUGAAUACUGCUACACAUUUAAUUAUAUCUGUUACUCGUCACAUUUCAGUAUGGGAUUUAAGACUACGUAAUCCAUUUGGCUUAAAAGAGCAUUCUAAAGUUGAAGAAAGCUUUUCAUCAAUUGAAGAAGAAAAAAAAUUAAGUCAAACAGACAGUUCAACACAUUCGGGUAAUGAAUGGACUAGAGAAGUAACUGUAUCAUCUGGAACUAAUGAACUAAUCACAUAUACAACGGAUGAGCGCUUCAGUGUUGCAGAUGAUGAAUAUGAAAAUAAAGAUGAUGAAAAUUACUUUAAUAAAAUUUCUCAAAAUAAGGAAAUAAAUAAACUAAGGGGUAUGCUUACAAAUGCUUUUUCAUCGAUUCAACAGAGUGCGAAAUCCUCACUUCGACAUUUUGAUCAAUAUAAAUCGUUAUGGCAGAAAUCGAAAACCGAAGAAUUUGACAAAUUCAUGUCAAAUAAUCCAUCGGUGAUUGAUUUUGAAGAAGUUAUUCAACACUUUUAUGAGAAAGAUAAAUUAAUUUCUAAUGAGCCCGAUGUAUGUGAUUGCAGUCCACUAGCAAUUUAUACCGACCACUUAAAAGAUGGAUUACUUGCAGAAACAAGAAAUUGGCGCUUAGAAUACGGGAGAUUAUGCAGUUCAAAAUUUAAAACUCAAGUUGAAUCCUUGUUUGCAACGAUUGAAAAGUAUGAGAAGAUCUUAUCAAGACCUAUCAAUGAUUUAGAUGAUAUACGAAUACUGAUGAAUGCGUUGAAGGAUUUACGUGAAAUGGAAGCAAACGUUGACUUACAACUUGGACCUAUUGAAGAAUCCUAUUCUUUACUGGCUAAACAUUCAAUUCCAGUUGAUAAAGAAGAAACUGAUAAAGCAGAUACUUUGCGCUAUGAAUGGGACAAAUUAUGUAAACAAAUGCUAAAAGUACAAAAUCAGUUAGUUGACGUUCAACCAGAAUUUCGCAAUAAUUUAUUAGAAAAUAUAACAAUGUUUAAUGAAAAUUGUUUAACAUUCUACGACGAUUAUGAUAAAGUUGGACCAAUGGUUAGAGGCAUACCACCACGAGAAGCAUCUGAUCGUCUUAUUAUAUUUCAAAAUCGUUUUGAUAAUCUUUAUCGCAGCUAUAUCACGUAUAGUGCAGGUGAACAGCUUUUUGGACUGCCGAUUACAGAGCAUACUCGGUUAGAUGACAUUAGAAAACAAUUAAACCUUCUACAAAAACUUUACUUAUUGUAUAACAGUGUUUUGAACAAAACAGCUGGCUAUUAUGACAUACCGUGGUCCGAUGUUAAAAUUGAUGUAAUUUCUCAAGAACUGCAAGACUUUGAAAAUCGCUGCCUUAAAUUACCAAAAGCUUUGCGUGAAUAUCCUGCAUACGAUGAUUUGAGGCAGACGUUGGCUAAUUUUGACCAGAUCAUCCCAUUGUUAGAGUUAAUGACUAAUCCAGCUAUGCGUGAGAGACAUUGGAAACGCUUGGCUACCUUAACUGGACGAUCUUUCAAUGUUGACGAUAGUGAAUUUACUUUGCGAAAUAUACUUGAAGCUCCUUUACUUGAACACUAUGAAGACGUUGAAGAUAUUUGUAUAUCAGCUAUUAAAGAGCAAGAUAUUGAGCGAAAACUAAUUAAUUUAAAAUCCGAAUGGAGUGCACAAGAAUUUGAAUUUGUUCAAUUUAAACAUCGUGGUGAAUUGUUGCUACGAGGUGACCACACUUUGGAAUUGAUUAACUUAAUGGAGGACUCGUUGAUGGCCCUUGCCUCUCUUUUAAGUAAUCGCUACAAUGCGCCAUUCCGCAAAGAUAUACAAAAUUUCAUCUCACGUUUGUCAAAUUCUAACGAAAUUAUUGAACAGUGGUUGGCAGUACAAAAUUUAUGGAUUUAUCUUGAAGCAGUUUUCAUUGGUGGUGAUAUAGCACGUCAACUUCCACAAGAAGCUAAACGCUUCGCGAAUGUAGAUAAAUCAUGGUGUCGCAUUAUGCAAAGAGCUCAUGAGACAACGCAUGUUUUAACAUGCUGUGUUGGCGAUGAAAUGCUUAGCCAUCUAUUACCACAUCUAAUGGAACAGUUAGAAUUAUGUCAGAAAAGUUUAACUGGUUAUUUGGAAAAGAAACGUCUACUCUUCCCUCGCUUCUUUUUCGUUUCUGACCCAACUCUGCUGGAAAUUCUGGGUCAAGCAUCAGAUCCUCAUACGAUACAAGCACAUUUACUUUCUGUGUUUGAUAACAUUAAAAGUGUGAAGUUUCAUGAAAAACAAUAUGAAACGAUUUUGACCUGUUACUCACAAGAAGGCGAGGUAUUAGAGUUAGAGCAUCCAGUAAAAGCUGAAGGGCAUGUGGAAGUUUGGUUAAAUAAAUUAUUAAAAGAAGCGCAAUUUUCAUUACAUCAAAUAAUAAGAGAAGGCUAUAAAGCAGCAAUGGAUGAUGAUGUCAAUAUAUUAGAAUUUCUUGCAACGUUUCCUGCCCAGGUCGGACUAUUGGGUAUUCAAUUUAUCUGGACAAGAGAUUCAACUAACGCACUAAAAGAAGCCAGACAUAAUAAGAAGAUUAUGCAAAUGACUGAUCAUGAAUUUGGUCGUCUACUAAACUUGCUAAUUCAGCAAACUACACACAACUUAACGCAAGUGGAACGAACUAAAUUAGAGACAUUAAUCACCAUACAUCUUCAUCAAAAAGAUAUUUUCUCAUCAUUAGUUAAAGACCGUAUCAAAUCACCAACAGAUUUUGAUUGGCUUAAACAAACACGUUUCUACUAUUUAGAAGAUUCAGAUGUAUGUCUAAUUUCAAUUACCGACGUAAAUUUCAUUUAUCAAGAUGAAUUUAUAGGAUGCACAGAGCGACUGGUUGUUACACCACUUACGGAUCGAUGUUAUAUUACACUUGCACAAGCGAUUGGUAUGUCUAUGGGUGGUUCACCAGCUGGACCGGCAGGAACUGGCAAAACAGAAACAGUGAAAGACAUGGGUAGAUGUUUAGGAAAAUACGUCAUUGUAUCAAAUUGUUCUGACCAAAUGGAUUUUCGUGGUUUAGGCAGAAUAUUCAAAGGUUUAGCACAAUCUGGUUCUUGGGGGUGCUUUGAUGAAUUUAAUCGUAUUGAACUACCUGUGUUAUCAGUAGCCGCUCAACAGAUUGCUAUCAUAUUGACAUGUAAAAAGGAGCGUAAACCUCAGUUUGUGUUUACAGAUGGUGAAAUGAUAACUAUGAAUCCACAAUUUGGAAUAUUCUUGACCAUGAAUCCUGGUUAUGCUGGACGACAGGAAUUGCCUGAAAAUUUGAAAAUUAACUUUCGAACAGUAGCAAUGAUGGUGCCUGACAGACAAAUCAUUAUACGUGUUAAACUUGCAUCAUGUGGCUUCCUUGAAAAUAUUAUAUCAGCACAAAAGUUUUAUACAUUAUAUAAAUUGUGUGAAGAACAGUUGAGUAAACAGAUUCAUUAUGACUUUGGACUACGAAAUAUUCUUUCCGUGUUGCGUACACUAGGUGCAGUAAAACGUGCCAAUCCAAAUGAUACGGAAUUCGAAACAGUAAUGCGUGUAUUGCGUGACAUGAAUCUCAGUAAAUUAGUUGGACCUGAUGAACCUCUAUUUUUAUCGCUACUUGAUGACCUAUUUCCUGGUAUUUCAUUAGAUAAAGGUGGCUAUCCAGAGCUUGAAAAAGCUAUAAAAAAAAAUCUAGAAGAAGCACAUUUACUUAGUCAUCCACCAUGGUUUCUUAAAGUUAUACAAUUGUAUGAAACUCAACGUGUUCGUCAUGGUAUGAUGACGUUAGGACCAUCAGGUACUGGUAAAUCUUGUUGUAUUCAAGCUUUGAUGAAGGCAAUGACUGAGUGCUUUGAGCCACAUCGUGAAAUGCGUAUGAAUCCAAAAGCGAUUACAGCUUCACAAAUGUUUGGACGUUUAGAUGUUGCUACGAAUGAUUGGACAGAUGGCAUAUUUUCCACGCUAUGGAGAAGAACAUUGAAAGCCAAGAAGGGUGAACAUAUCUGGCUUAUAUUAGAUGGUCCGGUUGAUGCAUUAUGGAUUGAAAAUUUGAACUCGGUUCUUGAUGACAGUAAACUUUUAACACUGGCUAAUGGUGAUCGUAUUCCAAUGGCACCAUGUUGUAAGAUUAUUUUUGAAGUGGAUAAUGUUGACAAUGCGUCACCAGCAACUGUUUCAAGAAACGGUAUGGUAUACAUUAGUACAACUACAUUGAAUUGGUUGCCAAUACUACAAGGUUGGUUAAUGUCACGUGGAAAAAGUGAAGCUGACCAGUUGUUGCAAUUAUUUACGGCAUCGUUUGAAAGUGUGUACCAAUAUGCAACUAGGCAUUUGAACUUUAAGAUGAGUGUUUUAGAAGCAUUUGUGAUUCGUCAAGCUUGCGAUAUCCUGAGUGGAAUAUUACCUAAGCCAGAAGAAAAGGAUUCUCCCUCGAUAACAUUCAAGCAUAUGGAACGUAUAUAUAUAUUUGCAUUGAUGUGGAGUAUUGGUGCUUUUCUUGAAGGUGAUGAUCGUGCUAAAUUCGAGUCAUAUUUACGGAAACAUGAAACUGUAAAAUUUGACCUACCAGAAAUUUCUACAGAAUCACACUCCACAAUAUUUGAUUACUUAGUAAAUGAUCUAGGUGAGUGGAUUCAUUGGGAUACAAAAGUUGAUGAAUUUCUAUAUCCAACUGAUCAUACACCAGAAUAUUCGUCGUUACUUGUACCGAAUGUUGACAAUGUGAGAACAGAAUUUCUUAUCGAUUUAAUUUCCAAACAACAAAAAUGUGUACUGUUAAUUGGUGAACAAGGUACAGCUAAAACUGUGAUUCUCAAUAAGUAUUUAAGUAGUCAGAAUCCUGAAUUUCAUAUAUUCAAAACCUUGAACUUUUCAAGUGUUACGACACCGUUGUUAUUUCAACGUGCAAUAGAAAGUUUUGUCGAUAAACGAAUGGGAAGCACGUAUGGUCCACCAGCUGGUAGAAAAAUGACAGUUUUCAUCGACGACAUCAGUAUGCCGUUGAUAAAUGAAUGGGGUGAUCAGGUAACUAACGAAAUUGUGCGCCAAUUGAUUGAAAUGAAAGGGUUUUACAAUCUAGAAAAACCAGGAGAUUUUACAUCAAUUGUUGAUGUUCAAUUCUCAGCAGCCAUGAUACAUCCCGGCUCUGGUCGAAACGAUAUACCACAUAGACUAAAACGACAUUUUUGCAUUUUCAAUUGCACCUUGCCAAGUAACACAUCUAUCGACAAAAUAUUUGGUGCAAUAGCUCAGGGACAUUAUUGUCCUGAAAGAGGAUUCACAGAUUCUGCAGUAACUGAAACAGUCAAGCUUCUUGUCCCGUUAACACGGAUUUUAUGGCAAACAAUUAAAAAUAAAAUGUUGCCAACACCAGCUAAAUUCCAUUAUAUUUUUAAUCUACGUGAUCUUAGUCGCAUAUGGCAAGGAAUGAUUGGUACAAUACCUGAAGUAAUCAACAGUACAGAACGAUUAAUGAUGUUAUGGCGUCAUGAAUGCUCACGCGUAUUAGCAGACAGAUUUGUAUCAGCAGAUGACCACCAGUGGUUUCAUAUGACAACUAAGCGUUUAGUUAAAGAAGAACUUGGGACUGAAUAUAUGACUGCAAUUGAAGGUGAUCCACCAUACUUCGUUAAUUUUCUUCGUGAUCCUCCUGAACCAACCGGUGAUGAACCUGAAGAUUAUAUCGUUGAAGUACCAAGGAUUUAUGAACCAAUUGAAUCAUUUCAACAACUAUCUUCACGUUUAGAGAUGUUUUUACAUCAGUAUAAUGAAUCUGUCCGUGGUGCAAGAAUGAAUCUAGUACUCUUUCGGGAUACAUUAACACAAAUCGUGAGAAUAUCUCGAAUUAUAUAUAUGCCUCGGGGUAAUGCUCUACUGGUUGGUGUCGGUGGGUCUGGGAAACAGUCGUUUACAAAACUUGCAUCUUACAUCGCUGGUUAUCAAACUUUUCAGAUUACUUUGACAAGGUCCUAUAAUACUACAAAUUUAAUGGAAGAUUUGAAAUUCCUAUAUCGUACAGCCGGUCAAAAAGGACGUGGUAUCACAUUUAUCUUUACCGAUCAAGAGAUUAAAGAUGAAGCUUUUCUAGAAUAUUUAAAUAAUGUUCUUUCCUCUGGUAUUAUGUCGAACCUCUUCACACGUGAUGAAACGGAUGAAAUUCUACAAGAUUUAAUUCCUUUUAUGAAAAAAGAGCAUCCACGUUUAACACCAACUAAUGAAAAUCUAAAUGAUUAUUUCCUCAGUAGAACGCGAAAGAAUCUCCAUGUUGUUCUGUGUUUCUCCCCAAUUGGUGAGAAGUUUCGUCGUAGAUCAUUAAAAUUCCCUGGAUUAUUAUCGGGAUGUACAACAAACUGGUUUCAUCGUUGGCCAAAAGAAGCUUUAAUCUCUGUAGCUAAUCAUUAUUUGAUUGAUUUCCCGAUUGUCUGUAACCAACAGACAAAAACUGCUUUAAUCAAUACGAUGGGUAUAGUACACGAUGGGAUAGCUGAAGCGUGCAUAGAAUAUUUUUCAAGAUAUAGACGACAAACUCACGUCACACCAAAAUCAUAUCUAUCAUUUUUAUGCAGUUAUAAAUCAGUAUAUUCGCAACAACAUAACCAUUAUGCGAGUUUAGCCCAACGCAUGAAUGGUGGUUUACAAAAACUAGUUGAGGCUCAAGAGAGUGUUGCUCAGUUGAGUAAAGAGUUGGCCGUGAAAGAAAAAGAUCUUGAUGUCGCUAAUAAAGAAGCUGAAGAAGUACUUCGGACAGUCACUGUUCAACAAAAUGCAGCAACUGAAGUAAGAAACAAAGUGCAAAUUGUUAAAGAUAAAGCUCAGGCCAUAGUUGAUGACAUUGAUCGUGAAAAGGUUUUGGCGGAAGCGAAAUUAGAAGCAGCUAAACCAGCCCUACAAGAAGCUGAAGAUGCAUUGAACACCAUAAAACCAGGUGAUAUUGCUACAGUUAGAAGAUUAGGAAAACCACCACACCUAAUUAUGCGUAUCAUGGAUUGUGUAUUGCUUUUGUUUCAACGUCAUCUUGAACCGUAUCAACCUGAUCCAGAACGGACCUGUCCGAAGCCUAAUUGGAGUGAAUCUUUAAAACUGAUGACAAAUACUGGUUUCUUGUCAAUGCUGAUGUCCUUUCCAAAAGAUACUAUUAACGGCGAAACUGUUGAACUGUUGGAACCAUAUUUAAAUAUGGAAGAUUAUACACUAGAAGUCGGUAAAAAAGUUUGUGGUAACGUCGCUGGUUUGUUAUCAUGGACAAAGGCAAUGGCUUACUUUUAUACAAUCAAUAAAGACGUGUUACCAAUGAAAGACAACCUAAUAAAACAGGAAGCUAGGUUAGCUAAAGCUAUGCAUGACUUAAAUGAUGCUCAAGCAAUACUUGAUGAAAAAGAACGUGAGUUAGCUAAAGUUCAAGCAGUUUAUGAAGAAGCAUUACGUAAGAAAAAUGCACUACUUGAGGAUGCUGAACUGUGUCGACGUAAAAUGACCGCCGCCUCAAAACUUAUCGGGAGUUUAGGAGAUGAACAAACACGCUGGACAGAACAGAGUCAGGCAUUUAAAGAAAAUAUUGAAUGUCUUGUUGGUGAUGUACUUGUUGCAACUGGAUUUCUUUCUUAUUGCGGUCCAUUCAAUCAAGAGUUUAGACAAAUGUUAUACCAGUCAUGGCAGAGAAUGUUAAGACAAUAUAAUAUACCAGGAUCCACAAUAGUUAACUUAAUUUCCAUGUUAACUCGACCAACUCAACUUGGUGAAUGGAAAAUUCAAGGUUUACCCAGUGAUGAAUUAUCCGUACAAAACGGUAUCAUUGUUGACCAAGCAAGUCGUUAUCCAUUACUAAUCGAUCCACAAGGGCAAGGAAAAUCAUGGAUAAAAAGUCGUGAGCAACAGCAUGACUUGAUUAUAACUACAUUAUGGAAUAAAUAUUUCAGACAACACUUAGAAGAUGCGUUGUCAACUGGACGUCCAUUAUUGAUUGAAGAUAUUGGCGAAGAUUUAGAUCCAGCAAUGGAUAAUGUACUAGAGAAAAAUUUUAUCAAGCAAGGUUCAAUUCAUAAGGUCAAGAUCGCUGACAAAGAAGUUGACGUAUUACCUAGCUUCCGAUUGUAUAUUACAACCAAAUUAUCCAAUCCAUCAUUUACACCUGAAAUAUCUGCUAGAACUUCGAUUAUUGAUUUCACAGUUACAAUGAAAGGUUUAGAAGAACAGUUACUUGGACGUGUUAUACUAAGUGAACGACAUGAACUGGAGGCUCAACGUGUUCAAUUAAUGCUUGAUGUGCAAUCGAAUAAAACAAAAAUUAAAGAACUAGAAGAUAAUCUAUUAUCACGUUUAGCAAGUGUACAAGGUUCACUAGUUGACGAUGUUGAUUUGAUUGACGUAUUAAGUUCUACUAAAGCAACAGCUGGUGAUGUAUCACGAAAGUUGGAAAUUGCCUCUGAAACUGAAGUGCAGAUAACUAGUGCCAGAGAAGAAUAUAGACCGAUCGCAACACGAGGUUCAGUAUUAUACUUUUUAAUUGUUGAAAUGAGCUUGAUCAACUGUAUGUAUCAAACAUCUUUACGUCAAUUUUUAGCGCUAUUCGAUCAGUCAUUAGCAAGAUCUGAAAAAUCUCCAAUUACCACGAAACGCAUUACGAAUGUGAUUGACUAUAUGACUUACGAUGUAUGGAGAUAUGUUAUUCGUGGUUUGUAUGAAGUCGACAAAUCGACGUUUUCUCUCUUGUUAGCGUUAAAAAUCGAUAUGCAAGCUGGACGUGUUAGGCAUGAAGAAUUUCAGUGCUUUAUCAAAGGUGGUGCAUCUCUGGAUUUAAACACUGUUAAACCAAAACCGUUUAAAUGGAUUACAGAUAUGACUUGGUUGAAUUUAGUCGCUUUAUCAAGUUUAAAUCAAUUCGCUAGCAUUCUAGAUCAAGUAGUUAGUAAUGAACGUGGUUGGCGUCAGUGGACUGACAAAACUUCGCCUGAAUUAGAAAAUAUUCCUGACGGUUACCAAUCAAAUCUAGACACUUUCAGACGCCUUCUACUUAUUCGAGCCUGGUGCCCAGACCGCAUAAUGAAUCAAGCAAAUAUUUAUGUGGGUGACUGUUUAGGUAGAAAAUUCGCUGAAGGAUUUGUACUUGAUUUAGAUGGUGUCUACCAUGAGUCAACACCACUUUGGCCAAUAGUUGGAUUACUUAGUACUGGUUCGGACCCCACUACGCAAAUAGAGUUAUUAGCCAAGAAAUACAGAGUUGAUUGUAAAAUAAUUUCUAUGGGCCAGGGUCAGGAAAUUCAUGCUAAACGUCUGGUUAGUAAUUUAUUAACAACAGGAGGAUGGAUACUACUCCAAAAUUGUCAUCUAUCAUUGGCAUAUGUUGCCGAAUUGUUAAGUCAAAUAACUGAAAUUCAACAUAUUCAUCCAGAAUUUCGUUUAUGGGUCACAACUGAAGUACACACUCAAUUUCCAAUUUCAUUUUUGCAAACCUCUAUUAAGUUUACAAAUGAACCACCUCAGGGUAUUAGAGCUGGUAUAAAACGAACAUAUGCAACGUUUACGCAAGACUAUUUAGAUAUUAAUAAUCGACCUCAAUGGAAACCAAUGAUCUAUGCAAUAUCCUUUUUACAUACAACAGUACAAGAGAGACGGAAAUUUGGUUCGCUAGGUUGGAAUAUCGCCUAUGAAUUUAAUACAUCUGAUCUAAAUGCAAGUCUACAAUUUGUACAGAAUCACUUGGACGAUAUGGAUCCAAAACUGGGAAUUGAUUGGAAAUGUGUCACAUACAUGCUUGGAGAAAUUCAGUAUGGUGGUCGAGUAACUGAUGAUUUCGAUAAUCGGCUUUUGAACACCUAUUGCAAAUUGUGGUUCAAUGAAAACUUAUUUAAUUCAGAAUUCGAAUUUGCACCAGGUUAUAAAAUUCCACAUGUGCAGAAAUUAAGUGAAUUUAUUAAUGCUAUUAAUGAAAUCCCAUUGUAUGAUUCACCUCAAGCAUUUGGAUUACACGAAAAUGUUAAUAUAACAUAUCAGAGUAAAAAGGCUAAAGUUAUUUUGGAUUGUAUAUUAAAUGUCCAACCAAAAGAUGCAAACACUGGCGCAUUAGAAACACGUGAAGAUGUAGUACGUCGUAUGGCUAUGGACAUGCUUGACAAAUUACCACCUAAUUAUAUACAAUUUGAAGUGAAUGAACGUUUGAAUCAAAUGGGUGAACUACAACCGAUGAAUAUUUUUCUACGUCAAGAAUUAAAUAGAAUACAAAAGUUACUUACAAUAAUGCGUGAAAAUCUUGUCGACUUAACAUUGGCUAUUGAUGGUACGAUUGUAAUGAGUGAACAGCUAAGACAAGCACUAGAUUGUAUGUAUGAUGCGAGAAUACCCAAUCAAUGGAAAAAGCUAUCAUGGGAAUCAUCUACAUUAGGAUUUUGGUUUACCGAAUUAAUUGAAAGGAAUCAUCAGUUUUAUGAAUGGUUAUACAAUGGACGCCCGGUAUGCUUUUGGAUGACAGGCUUUUUCAAUCCACAAGGAUUUCUUACAGCAAUCAGACAAGAGGUGACACGUAGCCAUAAAGGUUGGGCAUUAGAUACAGUUACAUUAUGGAAUGAAGUAACUAGAUUUAUGAAAGAUGAUAUUCAACGUCCACCGACUGAAGGUGCAUAUAUUCAUGGGUUAUUUUUAGAAGGUGCUGAAUUCGACCAAAAGAAUUUGCGUCUAACUGAAUCGAAACCAAAAAUAUUAUAUCAACCAAUGCCGGUUAUUCAUAUACAGGCUAUGGAUAUAUCUAAAGACAAAGAGAUAUCCAAAGAAAUGCUGAAAAACUUCUAUGUAUGUCCAGUGUAUAAAAAACCAUGUAGAACAAACCUAACCUAUGUUACUUCACUUUAUUUACGUUGUCCGCCUAACAAAUCAGCUGAUCAUUGGGUAUUAAGAGGUGUAGCCUUGUUAUGCGAUAUAAGAUGA